UUAUAGAUGCCUUACUUUAGUGACGUCACUACAGCGACACCCCUGACGUAAACAGAACGCGACGAGGAGAGGCCUGUGUGAUGGUCGAUCAUCCGCUGAGACGUUAAGUUGUACCAGCAGUAGUGCCUCCCUCGUGGUGCACCCCUUCCCCUUCCCUACGGAGAUAUGCCGAAGAAGUUCCAGGGUGAAAACACCAAGGCUGCUGCGGCCCGAGCUCGCAAGGCUGAGGCAAAGGCUGAGGCAGAAUGCCGCAAAAAGCAGGAGCAGGAGGAUGCCUUUUGGAGAGAUGAUGAUAAGCAUGUCAUGAAGAAGGAACAAAGGAAGGACCAAAAGGAAAAAAAACGCCUUGAGGUGCUGGAGAGAAAGAAGGAGACCCAGAGGCUACUGGAUGAAGAAGAUUCCAAAAUCAAAGGGCGCCAAACCACAGCUGCUAAAGCUCCCAGCAAAGUGACCCGGGCACAAAUUGAAGAGACGCUGCGCAAAGAGCAGGAGAAAUCCAAUGACGAAACAAAAGAAAAGACAAAGAGUCAUUUGGAUGCACCUUUGGAAGAGAACAUCAACCGCAUUAUUCCCGAAGAAGGCACCGUGGAGGCCAGGACCAUAGAAGAUGCCAUCGCAGUGCUCAGCGUGGCAGAUCAGCUCGUCGAUCGGCACCCUGAGCGGAGGAUGAAAGCUGCCUUUACUGCCUUCGAGGAAGUGAACAUGCCUCGGCUCAAACAGGAAAAUCCCAACAUGCGCCUGUCCCAACUUAAGCAACUGCUCAAGAAAGAAUGGAUGAAGUCUCCGGAUAACCCCAUGAAUCAGAGACACUUGGCUUACAAUACACCCAAAUAAAUGAAGUGGAUGGGGUUGUCAUCGUUUUUCCCCCCUCGUGAUCCUGGCAGUGCCCUCUUUGUUUCAGAUCAGGAAAUUUCUAAAGAAGAACUGGAUGAAGAAAAUGUACAGAGAAAUAUUUCAAUGCUUAAAGGAGACCGCCCAAUAAAUAUCCAGCUAACACGACCCACGUCUACUGACUAGAUUUUUUUUUUUCCCUCUCCCUUACUUAUCCUACCCAUCAAACCGGAGAUUAUACGGUUCAUUUCAUAAAUAAAAGCCUUUUGACUUCUGACAUACCCACAGAGGAAAUGGAGAUUUUUUCUUCUUCUUUUUGCACUUCAUUACGCAUCACCUGUGCGGUCAACUAUAUAAAAAGACAAUUUCAGGCAAGGAGUUCUUAAAGCCGGUGACGGUCGACACUUUGACAUGAAAUGGCAGUGUGUUUAAUUUGGUUGCUUUCUCCUUCUGGUAAAUUCAUGUCUAACGCGGAUCAUCUUUUCAACCCUGUACUUUCAUGAAGAUGAUAAGCAUGAGUAUUGCAUUGUAAGGAAGGGGCAGCCACUCCUGCCUCACUUCUUCUGCACUUACCCGGUAGAAUUUUAGUCCAUUUGCUUGUGAUGGGGUGGUAGCCUUGACCCUCAACCUUUGUAGCCACAUCAAAGCCACUCGGUGCUCAGAGACUGUUGGGUUCUUGAUUUACAGAAGUAACCCAAGCCAAACCAUUUCAUAUUUUUAUAGCCUUUUUUUUUUUCACCACUGAAUAGCCAUUUCUUCGUUUAUUUAUUUCUUCGCCAGUCAUUAGUGGUUUACAUUCUUCAGACAGUGGCUUUGUACUGAUAUCCAAUACAGCAAAUGGACUGGAAUGUUUUCCCCUUUUGUGUGUGUCUAGUGUUACUGUCUUUUGUCCUGUUUUUAUUAUCAUUAGAUAACCAGAUGAUGACUGUGGUGCAGUGUUGUAGGGUUGCCAGCCAGCAUCAUACAGUAAGUACUACUUAUCCUUUAGUAGCCUGUAUUUAGAUUUUUAUAUCGGAAUAUUUCUGUGCACAUGAAUAUUGGAUAUUGUUACAAAAAAAAAAAAACCGGACAAACUGAUAAACGAGAUAUUUUGGGACCUUCUGGUGGGCAGUGUUGCAGAAUGAAGCUCGUCCUUCAUACUGCAUGCACCUUCAUUUGCCUCGCAUGAUGCUUUGCAUUUUUAAAUUCCCAAAUGUUUUAGGUGUUGUUUAUAUUAUGUAUCAUAAGCAUUGUGUAAGAAUUGCCAAUUCUUUUUGCUUUUCAAACAUUUAGGGUGUGUGACGAUGACACUGUUGGUGGCUUUAGAAAUAAAUGUAAUGAAAGUAAA